GUUUGUUUAUUUAUUCAGGUUAUCGCCAUAAUUUGAAACAAAACCGAAUACCGUUUCUAGAAUUUCAAAUCUCCUUCCCUCUCUUUUUAUCGCUCUCUCAAAAACCCUAAGAUAUUUCUCCGUUAGUCCUCUAAUCACUCUAAGAGCCAAUCAAGCGAUGACAUCUGUCCAUCCGCUGCCGGUACCGGGACGGGAGCUCGCUAAUCCUCCGACGGACGGGAUCUCGAACCUUCGGUUCUCCAAUCACAGUGAUAAUCUACUCGUCUCCUCUUGGGAUAAGUCUGUGAGAUUGUAUGAUGCGAGCGCGAACAUUUUGCGAGGAGAGUUCAUGCACGGUGGACCGGUACUUGAUUGCUGCUUCCACGAUGAUUCAUCCGGGUUCAGUGCCAGUGCCGAUAAUAAAGUUAGGAGGAUAAUGUUCAGCCAUGGAAAGGAGGAUGUAUUAGGUAGACAUGAUGCUCCUGUGCGUUGUAUAGAGUAUUCUUACGCAGCAGGACAAGUGAUCACAGGCAGUUGGGAUAAGACAUUGAAAUGCUGGGAUCCAAGAGGUGCAAGUGGGCAGGAGCGCACUCUUGUUGGCACAUACCAACAACCUGAGCGCGUUUACUCGUUAUCUCUAGUUGGAAAUCGAGUAGUUGUGGCAACUGCCGGAAGACAUGUAAAUGUUUAUGACUUACGAAAUAUGUCUCAACCUGAACAGAAAAGGGAAUCUUCAUUGAAAUAUCAAACUAGAUGUGUGAGAUGUUAUCCAAAUGGAACAGGAUAUGCUCUUAGUUCGGUUGAAGGACGAGUUGCAAUGGAGUUCUUUGAUCUCUUGGAGGCCAGUCAAGCCAAAAAGUAUGCCUUCAAGUGCCAUCGAAAAUCUGAGGCUGGCCGUGACAUUGUGUAUCCAGUAAAUGCCAUAGCAUUCCAUCCAGUAUAUGGUACGUUUGCAACCGGAGGUUGUGAUGGUUUCGUUAAUGUGUGGGAUGGAAACAAUAAGAAGAGGCUGUAUCAGUACUCAAAGUACCCUACAAGCAUUGCCGCUCUUUCAUUCAGCAGAGACGGUCGACUAUUGGCCGUGGCCUCGAGUUACACAUUCGAAGAGGGGGAUAUGCUGCAUGAACCGGAUGCCAUCUUUGUACGUAGCGUAAAUGAAAUUGAAGUCAAGCCAAAACCAAAGGUAUAUCCCAACCCUCCUGCGUAGAUUAUUAAGAGUCUUUGUAUCUUCUCUGAGAGUCAAGAUGUGUGAAAAUGUUGCACUUU